CCGGGCUCGGCGGGGCUGUGGCGGUGGCGGUGGCCGUGGCCGGGACUGGGCGAGUUGGAGCGAGCGGCGGCGGCGGUACGGCUGCGGCGGCAGCAUGGCUUCGUCGCAGGGGAAGAACGAGCUGCUCUUCGCCGACUGGAUGGCAGCGCUGCCCGGCAGCCUCCACAGCACCCCGCUCACCAACCUGGCCAUCCCCGGAUCUCAUGACUCUUUUAGCUUCUACAUUGAUGAAGCCUCUCCAGUUGGGCCUGAACAGCCAGAGACGGUCCAGAAUUUUGUGUCAGUUUUUGGGACUGUGGCUAAAAAGCUGAUGAGGAAAUGGCUGGCUACACAGACCAUGAACUUCACCAGCCAGCUGGGGGCAGGUAUACGGUAUUUUGAUCUCAGAAUUUCCACCAAGCCCAGAGACCCAGACAAUGAACUAUACUUCGCUCAUGGUUUAUUCAGUGCCAAAGUCAAGGAAGGUCUGGAGGAGAUCAACGCGUUUCUCACUGAGCACCCAAAAGAAGUGGUCUUCUUGGACUUCAAUCAUUUCUACGGGAUGCAGAAAUGCCAUCAUGAAAAGCUUGUCCAGAUGCUCAAAGACACAUACGGAAACAAAAUGUGUCCUGCUAUAUUUGCCCAUGAAGUCAGCCUCCAGUACCUGUGGGAAAAGGAGCACCAAGUGCUAGUGUUCUACCACAGUCCAGUGGCUGUCGAGGUAGCUUUUCUGUGGCCAGGCCAGAUGAUGCCAGCACCCUGGGCAAACACAACAGAUACAGAAAAGCUGAUUCAGUUCCUGCAGGCAUCAAUCACUGAAAGAAGAAAGAAAGGCUCCUUUUUCAUAUCUCAAGUAGUGCUGACACCAAAGGCUAGUACGGUGGUGAAAGGAGUUGCAAGUGGUCUCAGAGAAACGAUCACAGAAAGGGCUCUUCCUGCAAUGAUGGAGUGGGUCCGAACUCAAAAAGCAGGAGAGAGUGGUGUGAAUAUUAUCACUGCAGAUUUUGUAGAACUUGGUGACUUUAUCAGCACAGUCAUAAAGCUCAACUAUUCUCUGGAUGAAGGUGAAGAUGACACUACUUGAUAGUACUGUGAUAUGUGUGUUGUUGCAUUAUUCAGAAUUUAAAAAAAAAAAGAAAGAUUGUAUUCUAAAAGGAUUAUAUUGUAAAACACUCAUCUUCUUGCAACACACUGAGGUGUUUAGGGCUUUAGUGGGUGGGCAUCAGGGAAAUGUUUUCAUCAUUUAUGAUCAUUAUUCAUAUUUGUGUUUAGUGUGAAGAGCAAAACUAAACAUGUUUACAGUGUUUGAUAAAAGAAGGCCAUUUACAGGUUCUCCAUGAGGUACCAAAUGUGAUUCACGUGUCUUCUGUGGUUAUGAACAGUGCCAAGAAAUUUGUUGUUUUCAGAGCAAGGGGAUGUAUAUAUUGUCCUCUUCCUGCUCACAGCAGGAUUCCCAAUGGUGUGAGCAUUGCACCAGGAGACUGAGGACAGUAUAUCUGGCACAAAAAUUUCAAGCUGCUACAUUUCAUCUGUUAGGUGGUUUAACUGAUCAUAUUUAUUAAUGAGCUGCAGUUUUAAAUGCCUUUGUGAUGUAAAUCCAAAGUCAUGCUUCUAACACAUGCAUAAUCAGUGGACAGUAAACAUGACAUGUUAUGUACCAUAAUCAGUGGUAAACAUCAUGUACUGUGUAGCUUGCACAAAGCACAGAUGAAAUCUUGCUUGCUUUUCAUUCUCAAAAUGGGGUUUUCCAAUGUCUCUGCCUCAGGUCAAGCCAGCAGGUAUGUGAUACUGGCCUAACUCUGUAAUCACAGAAUGACCUGGGCUGGAAGCUUAAAGAUCAUUUAGUUCCAACACUCUGGCAAUUGGCAGGACACUUUUCACUAGACCAGGUUGCUCCAAGCCCCAUCCAAAGCCUGGCUUUACACACUUUCAGGCGUGGGGCAUCCACAGUUUCUCUCAGCAACAUGUUCUAGUGCCUCAUAACCCUCAUAACAAAGAAUUUUUUCCUAAUAUCUAAUCUAAACCUACUCUCAGUAGCCAUUCCCCGUCGUCUGUCACUACAUGCCCAUGUAAAAAGUCUCUCUCCACCUUUCAUGUAGACUCCCAUCAGGUACUGGAUGGCCAGAAUUAGGUCACCCCAAAGCCUUCUCUUUUCCAGAUGGAACAAUCCCAAUUCUCUUAGCCUUUCCUCAUAGGAGAGGUGUUCCAUCCCUCUAAUCAACUUCACAGCCUCCUCUGGACUUGCUCCAAAAGGUCCAUGUCCUUUUCAUGCUGGGAGCCCAGCUCUGGAUGCAGUGCUCCAGGUGGGUCUCAGCAGAGCAGAGCAGAGGGGCAGAAUCCCCUCCCUGCCCUGCUGCCCAUGGGGCUCUGGAUGCAGCCCAGGACACGUUUGGCUCUCUGGGCUGGCAGUGCCAUGGCCGGGGCAUGUGCAGCCUCUCACCCACAGCACCCCCAAGCCCUUCUGGGCCGGGCUGCUCUGGAGCUGUUCAUGCCCAGCCUGGUACCAGGGGCUGCCUGUGCACUUAGUUUUGUUAAACCAUAUGAGAUUCCCAUGGACACACUUCUCAAGCUUGUCCAGGUCCCUCUAGAUGGUAUCCCAUCCUUCAGGUGUGUCAACAGCACCAAUAAGCUUGGUGUUACCUGCAAAUUUGCUGAGGGUGCGCUUGAUUCUUUCAUCUGCUUCAUUAAUGAAGUUAUUAAAUUCUGGUCACAAUAUGAACCUUUAAGGGACAGCUGCUGGUCCACAUUUUCCCUGGUUCUAUCAGGAACACAGUUAGGCCAGCUUUGAGCCUCACUUCUUCCCAGGAUUAAUCUUAUGUAAGAGCCUCAUCCCAUAUCCUGAAUAUGAAAAUAACUGUGUUUAGCAUAGAUUGAGCAUAAGGUGAGUUGUGCGUACCUUAACAUGUGCAGUAUUUUGUCCCAUGGUGGAAACCUGAUUUCUGCAAGACUGAAAUUGCACUUAAAAAUAGGUGCAGUCUAGGUGCAGUCUAAGCCUCUCUUUAAGGCAGUUAUGAGCAGAACACUUUUCCACUGAUUACAAAAAAUCAGUGCCAAUUUCAUCAGUGAAAAGUUCCUGUACUAAAGAAUGUAGUAGUUCAAUUCUAGCUAAUAGCAGUACUCUGUAGUCCUUAAAUUGUCUGUGGGAUAUAAUACUGCAUAACACAAGAUUGAACAUCUACUGAAUAGCACUGUUCCAGCAACAAAAUCACUGAUCAUCCUAGCUUUAAAGAAACAUAUAUAAAAAGUAAAAGGAAAACUUAGUAAUUUAUAAAAUGAGAGCAUUGAAACUAUAUGACACCUAACUGGAUAAAAUACAGGCAGUUUUAUCUCUUGGACACAUCAAUACACACGUACACAACUUUGGAAAAUAAAACAUCUCAUCUGUACAAAACAAUAGAUGCUAUAAUGUUUUACAAAGAAAUGUUCUUUGAAAUAUUGUAAGGAUUUAUGGGAUAGAAUUAAGGUCAAAUUUCUGUUGAUAUUACUAGAACUUUUGGUUGAGUGAGAAGAGAGAAUUGCAUCAUACAGUCCAUUACUCUUUUCUGUCAGAUGAUAAUGACUACCAUCUCCCAUCAGAGUUUAGAAACUCAGAGAUGGCCAUAUUGAACAGAUGGGUAACAAGCAUUAUAGGGGGGUUUUUUGUUUUAGUUUAGAGAGUGAAAUAAAAAGAACACUUCCUGCUGUUUUGUACUGAGAGGGUGCCUUGGAAAAAGUGUAUGCAUAUGUGAGUGUAGAAUAAAGAAUAAUUUAAGUGUAUGUGUAGUAUAAUGACACACUUAAAUGUUUGUGUAUAACACACACAUCCUUGUACACUUGCAUAAUGAUCUUUGGGGUUCUGGACAGGACUACUAUAAAUUUUUAAAAAACACCAUGCAGCUGUUAUGAAGUCAUGAUGGCUCUUUCAGUAGCAUUCUCUUCUGUAUGGGUUAUGACUGUACAAGUCAUCCCCAAUGAAAUCUGUGAUCUAAGCUAGUUAGGUUUUUAAUGACAUUUAAACUUCAUCCAGACCAUGUCAAAAAUUUACCUAGAGUCACAAGUCAUGGUUUUGUUGAACAAAGGGUAUGAUUUUAAUGCUUUCACUCACAACUAAGCAAGUUAUAGAGUGUCAUGAUAGACUUUGUUUCUGGUUUCCACAGGCUCUCCAAGUAAAAUUUAUGUAACAGACGUAUAAAAUGAAACAUGAAAAUAAAUUUAGAACCCACACCUAUAUGGGUGUCCUACAUAAAAAUGUGAAAAUGUUUGCUUAUUUAUUGGCAGUGAGGUGUAAAAUACUCUUUUUUCCAUUUAGCUGGAGUUGGUUGUUUCCAGACUCCUCCUGGAGUGAUUCUUCAGCUGCUCAAAUAUAGCCAAAAGAAUUAAUCUAUCAUUCUUUUACAGUAAAGUGAUCUGAAUCCUUGGGUGGAGUGAAAAUUAGGUUUUGGUUUUGGGGUUUUUUUGGAUUCUGGCUGAAAUUCUGUUGCAUCUGAGAGCAUCAACACCAGGUUUCUGCUGGUACCCCUGCUCAAACACACACCAGACACACCAGGCUUUUUGCUUGCUCAGAGGUAUACUCAAGGCAAAUGCUUUGCUGUAUUUUAAAAAGUGUAUGUGUGUGCCUGUAUAUAUGAAUAAGUAUAGAGCUAUCUAGAGUUUGUUAGUAUUGUUAUGAAAUGUUUGCUUAGUGUCAGUUUUAUUCUAAUUCUCAUUUGGAAAUAAACAGAAAGUAAAAGCAAAGCAAAAAAAAUCCUCUGACAAGAAACAAUAAUAGACAAAUUGUAACAUUUGUCCAUUAAUGGGGACAAAUACUAGCAAAAUCUUAAAUUUUGGUCAGAAAAAAAUAUGUUUUCAUUUAGCUGUCAAUCUUUCUAUUGGAGAAGCACAGCACUUUAUGGUAGGAACAGGUAAACAAACUUGCCUUAAUUACUAAAAGAAAAAAGUGCAUGUGGGGAUAUACUAUCCAUGCUCUUCUAAAGAUUUCAUCUGUGAGGGCCUAAAACUGUAAGUCCUGAUAGAGAUGCACUCCCUGUUGAUGUUGUUUGGGGAUCUUGCCAAAAAAGAACAAGCCAGAAAGUACUAUGCAGCACAACUGGACCAUUCAACAGCCCAGUUUUGCCACCCAUAUGCAGCUAAAAAUUGUCUUUGAUUUCAACCAGAAAUGCGCUUGCAGGGUUGGGUCAGAUGUGUUUUUCUGAUCCCAUGAACUUGGAAGGUUUCCUCACAUGCAUUGUGAGGAAUCUUGCAUGGGAAAUUAGUUGACUGUAAUCAGCCCAUCAAGGAAAAAUACCUGUCUACACUACUGAUCUGUAUAAGCAUCUACUUACUCAAAAUGUCAUGUCAUUCACUGCCAAAACAUUUUUUUCCUUCUUCUGCUUAUUUUCCCCCUCACUAUGUUUAUUGUGUAUACACUGAGUUCUGCUGUUUUCUGGCAGUUUCAUGUGAUUACUUGAUCUUUUCUUUUUACCCACACUUGAAAAUUGGCAACUGUGCUGCGCAAACGGAAUGUCUCAGCAGUGCAAACCCACCUAGCUCCAUUUUUCAGUUUACACAUGCUGAGAUAUCUUCGUUCCAUACUGAUCUAACCUGCAGAAAUCCAGUCCAAACAGGAGGUGGUUCUUGGAGUGCAAUUCCUGCCUUGUAUGGUGAGGGGUGAAUCGGAAUCAGACCACAGGAGUGUGGUUUUAGAAUUAGUGGGUUAUUUUCAUUCUUUUGCUGUUGGACAAAAACAUUACUGGUUUUGUAGGUCCUGCUAUUUCAAAACAUUAUUUUAAAUGUGCCAUGUAUGUGUAUAUAAAUAUAUAUGCAUGCAUGGCUGAGAGGGAAUGUAUGAUCCUGUAUGCUGGGCUCAAUCUUUCUGUCAUACUGAUACAAAUCUAGACAGUUUCUACUAACUUCAAAGUAGUUACCAAGCCUUUACCCUGAGAUGAGAGUGAGCAGAGAGUCACUGUGUAGUAAUUAUAGGCUGUGUUGCAAAUGAAAUUUAAAAUUGUGGAGCUUAAUUCCACAAAAUAAAAAAGAAAGCAGAGUGCCCUGAAAACACAGUUCCAGUGCUGUUUAUCCUCAAUUUAGUAUAUGAAGCACUAGUUAUUAGCAACUGAUUAGGCCAUUUGGUGAUUUCAAGAGUUCAGGUAACACUGUUUCAAAGUUCUAAAUUCCUUUUUGGUGAAGUAAAAGCUAAUAGUGUAUGAUGUAUUUGCCAUAUCUCAAUGGUAGCUUCUGUGUUACAUACAGUCAAUGUUGUUCUGUAUAUGUUUACCCAAUGAUGAGGUUAAAAUAUGCUGUAUAGUAUGUGUAACGUAUUGAUUACAAGUAUUUGGAGUUCAGUGGUCUAUUUAGUUUUUACUGUGCUGCUGUUUUAUAGAUAUGUGUGUAAAUGGGAUUAUGGAUUGUCUACAGUGUACAACGAAAUAAUAAUUAAUCCUAAAGGAAAAGGGCAGUUAUGUGACCUGCCUUAAUGCAUUAGGAUAAUAUUGUUAAAUCUCAUAAUUAUCGGUUCUGUUUCAGAUGUUACCAGGGGUUGUCUGUAGAGCUGACUCCCUCACUUUCUGGCACGAAGGAGUUAAACUUGAAGUUACUUGGAGCUCACUUACAGAUUUGUAAAUACAGAAUAGGAUGUUUGCCUGAUAACUGCCUUGACUGUACAAGGUGGCAAAGAUGUGGUUUCCAGUGUGUUACAGAUCAAAUCACUUCUGCGCACACACAGCUCCUGCUGAUGGCAGCAGGAAUUGUGAUCAUGCAAUUGAGUGGCCUCAAAUUCAUCUUCUGGAACAUAGUCAUGAUAGGAGGAUGGGGAUAUCCUGGCUUUAAGGAAGUGCCUGGAUGCUAUGCAAUACUGCUCAUGUCCUGUGUUGGAACAUAGCUUUAUAUUUGCAGGAAGAGCUGUGAACUUUGCUCCAGUGUAGGUUGGACCUAUAAAAGAAAAAAUCCUUAUGUAAAAAUUGUGAAUGCCAUAGGCUGAUCAGCAUGGCCUGGCCUGCCCAUGUACAGCAUUCUGCUUUCAGGAAUUGUGGCAGCUUUAAAUAAAAAAACUAUAAUAAUUCCCUGUUCCUGCAGGACCUACUUAGGAAUCUCUACAUUGCCUACAGGUACAACUCAUGCACUAUUCCCAGAGCCAGGUCUAGCCCUCCCUUCAUGGUUUAUAUUUAAAAUGCCUGAUGCCAAGAGUAAUUAGGAUAGAGGUAUUAACUAAACACAGGGAGUAUUCACCUUGUGCCUGGCUGGUCGGAGUAGGGUGCCUGCUCUCCAGCAGCACAUUUGGCAUGAGGUCAUCUUCAGUCAGAUUCACCUGAACAGUGACUGAGGGAAGGCACAAGUGUGAUUUCAGAGCCUCUGAAAAUCGGAGUCAGUUGUCCAGUUAAAAUGCAGCAUCUUCCCACUUCUUUCCUUUGCCUCUGCUCAGUGCUGCUUUUCUGGACUUGUGCAUACACAUCCCUUUGCCUGCCAGCUGUGAAUAUUAUAUAUUUGUCAGCCUCAGUACACCACAGAAGUCCACAUGGUUGUAUAAGAUGUUACGUGUGUGGGGCUAAAAGCUGGAAGUAGGCCUCAUCUGAUGUCCCAGUAUGGUUUAUCUACACACUCCAAGUUAUACACACACAUCCUCUUGAAGAGGCAUCACCAUGGCCAAUGAGUAUCUCCUCAAAGGGAGGUGUACUUAGGGGUUUUUGUUGGUGCAGUAAGAGUGCAUGUACUAACCUCUUCCUGCAGCCUUUGGUCCUACAAAAGUCAGUUUGAUUGGAAAAAAUUCCUCAAGUAGCUGCAAUUACUUUUGCUGUGAAGCGGGGAUCCUUAAAGCAGAAUCCUGGAGUUAUUUGUAAUUACUAUUAAUUACUAAUUUGUAAUUACUGAAAAUAAAAAUACGUGGUUCAAACCACAAUUUUAAAAAGAAAAAUUAUAUGGGCUUGCCAGGACAGUUAAGUUUUUGACUGCCUCAGUCAUCAGUAGUUUAGUAUCAUCUAGGUGAUGAUUUUUAGCAUGUUAUUGCCACACUGCCUCCUGACACUGUUCAGGGUCUCUGUACAGAAGCCUUAUUAUUCCCAGUGAGCAUUAAUGCAUUUGAAUGACUUGUCUCUGUUUUGGUGGGAAGGAAGAUUGUGUAACACUGAGAACAUAGAGCUCCCUGUGUGUUGUGCCCACAAAGGUUCACAGAGCUGCACCUUCUCGUUUUAGGAUCUGUUUAAUGGUACUUUAAUAAAUGUUGUGUUAAAAAUGCCUACAGUUCUGUAUAGCAAAUGUGAAUUUUUAUGACAAGAAUGUGUAUUUAGAGUAAAAAAAAAGUAAUAUAAAAUCCAGUUUCUUUGUAUCCAGUGAAACAUCUAAUAAAGCUCUGAUACCUGUA